AUGCCUUUAUCAUCGUCAUCAUCAUCAACAACAACAACUUUCGUAGGUCCUUUACCAGCAGAACAUUUUUUAUCGUCUUCAAUAGUUCCGCUAUAUAAUACAACCGUUUUAAACAAUCGAUUCAAUUUUGUCACAAACAGCAAAUUCCGAUAUACUACUCAUCGACAAACAACUUUCACUCAUAGAUUUAAACGAACACGUGACGAUCAACAUGAUAUACAAGAAAAAAAACAUCCUAAAUUGCCAACUGUAAUUAAUAAUAACCCAUCAAAAUUAUCGAAAAAUGCAAUUAUGCUAUUACACGAACUUAAACCGUCAAUUGAGUACAAACUUAUUGCACAAACAGGUCCAUCUCAUCGGCCUAUGUUUACUAUGGCUGUUGAAUUUAAUGGGCAAGUAUUUGAAGGCAUCGCUCAAACAAAGAAAGAAGCCAAACAAGCAGCUGCUGAAAAAGCACUUCAAUCAUUUUCUGAACUACCAUUUUCAUUGUUGGGUAAUGUAACAAAUGAAGUCAUACCAACGAAUAUUAAUACUGAUUCAAAUGAGAAUCGAUGUGAUCAAAAUCCAUUUUAUCUUCUCACACAAUUGAAACAAAAUCUAAAAUGUGAAGAAAUUAUCAAUGAAAAAAUAUCGGAAUCCAAUGAAUUUAAAACUACUAUUCUUAUUGAUGAUCAAUGUUUUAUUGGCAUAGGACACGAUCAAAAUGCUUCUAAAAUUAAAGCAGCGGAAUAUGCUUUAGAAAAAUUAUUUGGCAUGUGUUUUCAUAAAGAAGAUCUUCCAUCUCUGGACACUGAUAGUCUUGCUGAUCGAAUUGCUGCAUGUAUUCAAGAAAAAUUUAAACUAUUAACUCAACAUGAUGUACGUCUUCAACGACGUAAAGUUUUAUCUGGUAUUGUUCUUCUACGUGAUUAUAAUCUCGAAACGAUGAAAGUCAUUUGUAUAACAACCGGUACGAAAUGUAUUCGUAGUAGUCGUUUAGCACGAAACGGACAAAAAUUAAAUGAUUGCCAUGCUGAAAUAUUAGCACGCCGUUGUCUUAUGCGUUAUUGCUAUGAGCAAUUGAAAUUAUUGCUUGUUGAAAAUUCGAAUGAAUCGAUUUUUGAAAAAAUUAAUAAUGCCAAUCGAUAUAAACUGAAAGCAUCGAUUUCUUUUCAUUUAUAUAUUUCUACAGCGCCAUGUGGUGAUAGUCGAAUUUUUUCACCAGAAGAAAUUUCGUCUGAAAGAACAUCAUUUUUAAAUGUCAAUCAAAAUUCAUUGAGAAAAUCUCGCGGAUUAUUACGACGAAAAAUUGAGCUUAGCGAAGGUACCAUUCCUGUUUCAGCUAAAUCUAUGUAUCAACAUAUACAAAAAUGGGAUGAAACAUUAGCUCAUGAACAACUUUCUACGAUGUCUUGUUCCGAUAAAUUAUGUCGGUGGAAUUUUAUUGGUUUACAAGGAGCUUUAUUAAGUACAUUAAUUGAUCCAAUCUAUUAUACAAGUGUUAUCAUAGGAAGUCUAUAUCAUAGGGAACAUAUUCGACGAGCAUUAUUUUCUCGAAUAGAACAUAAAGUAAAUCAUAUACCAGCUCCAUAUGGAUUACGAAAACCAUUCAUCUCAGAUAUCAGCAGUUUAGAAUUACGAAAUAAAACUCGACCAUCAAAUUAUGCAUUUAUAUGGAAUUGUAUUGAUAGAAAAUGUGAAGUAAUCGAUAGUUUUAGUGGAUUGACAAUAUCACGUGAGCCAUCGUUGAUAUCGAAAGCAGUUUUAUUUCGUCAAUGGAUAAAUUUAAUGAUUAAAAUUCAAUCAGAGACAAUACCAAAGAACUACUAUGAAGCUAAACAAUUAGCUGUAGAUUAUCAAACAGCUAAAAUGAAGGUGAAUCAAGCAUUUGAACAUGGUGGAUCUGGCGUAUGGGUUAAAAAGUCAAAUGAACUAGAUGAAUUUGAUUUAUCAACUUCUCAUGUGUCACAAUCUUCUUAG